AUGGUUUCUCACUCAAAGGUAGCGGCUGCGCUUCUGCCAUUCUUCUUCUCCGUCACAUUCGCUCAGGACCAAGGAGGAGCAUUCACUCCUAAUCAAGGAUCAUGGGGUCCGGUCAUCAACUUUCCCAUCAUUCCGGUUGCUGCCUACAUCGUCCCGGAAUGGCCAUCUCCCACCCGUAUGAUGGUAUACUCUGCGUUCUCGCCGAAUUCAUUCGGAGGUGAACGAGGUAUCACUCAGUUCGCCGAAUACAACCUGGUAUCUGGGCAAAUGUCCACACGGCAGGUUUCCGAAACCAACCAUGAUAUGUUCUGUCCUGGAAUGAGUCAGUUAGGCGAUGGAAGACUGAUCAUCACCGGAGGAAGCAACGCUGAGAAGACGACUAUAUACCAGCCGGAAACCAACACGUUCGUCCCUGGACCGGAUAUGAAGGUACCUCGCGGAUACCAGAGCAGUGCCGUCCUGUCUAAUGGAAAGGUCUUCACAAUUGGUGGAUCGUGGAGUGGCCCACGAGGUGGAAAGCCAGGAGAAAUUUACGAUCCGGCAUCAAACUCGUGGACGCUUCUACCUGGCGCUGCUGUGGAGCCGAUGUUGACAUAUGACCACGAGGGCAUCUUUCGCGAGGAUAACCACGCCUGGCUCUUCCCUUGGCGCAAUGGCACCGUCUUCCAGGCUGGGCCCAGCAAGGCAAUGAACUGGUAUUACACCGAUGGCGAAGGUGGUGUCAGCCCAGCAGGUAUUCGUGACAAUGUCAACGAUGCCAUGUGUGGUGUUCACGUCAUGUACGAUGUUGGCAAAAUCUUCACCGCAGGCGGAGCGCAGUACUACGACCGCGCGCCCGGACUCGCCGUCGCGCAUUUGAUGGAGAUUAACAAUGUCGGCGCACCCGUAACGGCCGAGAGAAUCCCAGACAUGCACCAGCAACGCGCCUUUGCUAACGUCGUUGUCCUUCCCGACGGCAAGAUCUUGGUUACUGGCGGACAGCGCUGGGCUCAGGGCUUCACUGACAUCGAUCCCGUCUUCACUGCUGAGAUGUUCGACCCUAACACCAAGACAUUUACUGAGCUGGCUGCUGAAUCCAUUCCCCGAAACUACCACUCUGUUUCCAUCUUGCUACCUGACGGCACAGUCUUCAGCGGAGGAGGAGGUCUCUGCUGGGACGAUGGAACUGGAGGACCGUCCUACCACUGCCGCGACACGGUCGAUCACCCCAACGGUCAGAUCUUCACACCGCCAUACCUUCUCACUGGUGCUCCUCGUCCAAUCAUUCAGGACGUUGCAUCGAGUAUCGUCACGCACGGUGGCGAGCUGAGAGUCAAGAUGCAAGGUUCAGCUGACGGCGUGACGUUCUCUUUCAUCAGGAUAGGAAGUGUUACGCACAACGUGAACAGUGAUCAGAGGCGCAUUCCGCUUCAGCCAAGGAUCGAAGGGGAAGAAGUCGUCUUGCCCAUUAUGAACGAUUCCGGUGUUGUGCUACCGGGAGCGUGGUACCUGUUUGCUGUCAGCGCAGAGGGUGUACCCAGUGUAGCCAGGACUGUGUGGGUAGAGCAGGCAUAG